GUAGCUCCCAAGAACACCGCCACCGCUUUGAGAAGCCGCCGUUUAUAAUCUCAAUCCCAUCGUCUUUCUCCCAAUCCAUCGCCACAUUUCGAAUUCCUUCUUGUAAUGGCGGAACCCUCUCCCAACCCCGUCGAGAUCGCCGAUCAAUCUCAAUCGGAACCCCUGCCUCCGCCUCCGCCGACGCCGUCUCUCAAUUCCGAUGCCCGAGGCGGUAAUUCGGCCGCCGCUCCUCCGACGGCCGACGGCCGACGGAAGAAGCCCGUUCAUCAUCUUCUCGGCGGUGCAAAACCUGCGGACGUGCUCCUAUGGCGGGACAAGAAGGCCGCUGUUGGGGUUCUCGGCGGAGCCACCGUGAUUUGGGCGUUUUUCGAAGUGCUUGAAUAUCAUCUACUCCCAUUUUUGUGUUAUGCUCUGAUGUUGGUUCUUGCUCUCUUGUUCCUUUGGUCCAACGCCCACAUAUUGAUCUACAAGGGCCCGCCUCAUCUUCCAAACGUUCAUGUUCGGGAGGAGCCGUUCAUGCAAGUUGCUUCUGCAGCAAGGAUCGAGAUCAACCGGGCGAUCGCAAUACUGCGUGAUAUUGCAUCUGGGAGGGAUGUGAAGAAGUUUAUUGCUGUGGUUGGUGGCCUGUGGAUCCUAUCUGCGGUAGGAAAUCAGGUCAAUUUUUUGACCUUGUUCUUCAUAGCCGUCGUACUGCUGCACACGGUACCCGUUGUUUACGAGAAGUACGAGGGCAAUAUCGACCUUCUUCUAGAGAAGGUCGUGAUCGAGAGUAAAAAGAAGUAUGCAAUUUUCGACGACAAGGUCAUGAGUAAGAUUAGGAAAGGGCCAUUAAGAGAGAAGAAGGAUUGAAGAAGGAUAUAUUGAAAGAGCUAAAAAGAUAGUUGGUGGAUCGAGUUGGAAUUAAAUCAAAGUCAAGAAUCGAGUUCUUGAAGUGUCCGGAUCAACCCUAUUAGAUUGAGAAGGACCGAAAUUCUAAAGGUAGACAAAUCUUUCUUGGUAUUUGUUCUUCGUUUUUUAUUUUCUAUUCGGUCUCUAUAUUAUACUUUUAGAUAAAAGAUUAUUUUGAUUUUUCUAUUGAUCUUUUACUUCAUGGGUGGCCAAUUUUUCAAUGGUAAGGCUCAAUUCUUUAGGUUGAUCGAACCUCACCAAUGUUCUCCAAUUGUUAAUGGUUGGGGUACAAAUAAAAGUAGAGGUUUGACCACAAGAAGGUCAACUAGAUCAAUGUUUGGAAGUACAAAAUAGCUUAGUUCUAGCCAUCUAAAGCCCUCGAGAAAAGAAAAGGAACAAAACGGAAGCCAAGGAAAGUAUACAAACCUAAGAUCAGGAACAACGAAAAGGCUUUGCAACGGUUUGUCAGAUUGAAAGCAAAAUCCAAAAUUAUUGUAAGUGUGUGUUGAGCAAGAAGAUGUGAAAUAUUUAUAACUGCCUUGAGUUGAUCUUAGUCGUUCAAUUUAGGGUACGAUGGAUGGCCUAGCAGAUUGAAGAAGAUCGAUUGUCACACUCGACUAUUCUGGAGAACCGCCAGAUUUAUUCUUCAAAAUUCGCUUCGACUCCCGCUCACAUCAAAAGCACCAUCGUGUGUCAUGACAAAUGUCUACAUGGAGCCAUUAGACCUUUGAAAUCGUUGAUCAUAAUUUACACGUGGCAUCCCAAUGCGUCAUAUGUCACUUGGGAACAUUUCUUUGAAAAUUUGGUUCGAUUAAGUUACCCAACUCUCCAAAGUGGGGCCAAUAUUAGGAGACGCAAUUUUUUAUAUGCUAUGCAUCUUAAAUUGAAGAUCGGAGUUAUGUUCAGCUUACAUAGUUCGGAUUAUAAGUUAAGUUCAAACCA